ACUGAUCCAGAUUUUCUUGUAAUCAGCACAUACUCACAGUCAUGGCGGACGCACUAAAAGCGGAAGGCAACAAACUCUUUGCCGAGAAGAAGUUCACCGAGUCCAUCGAGAAGUUCUCACAAGCUAUCGAGCUUGACCCUUCGAAUCACGUCCUAUACUCGAAUCGCUCUGGCGCAUAUGCCUCAUUAAAGGACUGGGACAAGGCUCUGGCAGACGCGUCGAAGACAACUGAGCUGAAGCCCGACUGGGCCAAAGGAUGGGGUCGCAAGGGAACUGCGCUACACGGCGAGGGCGAUCUAGUCGGAGCAACAGAGGCCUUCGAGGAGGCCCUCAAACUUGACCCGAACAAUGCACAGGCCAAGUCUGGACUCGAUGCUGUAAAGCGCGCAGUGGAGGCCGAGGCGCGAGCUGAUGGACUGGGUGGAGAUCCUUCCGCAGGACUCGGUGGCAUGUUCAACGACCCGAACAUGAUCCAGAAACUCGCCAACAACCCCAAGACGGCGUCGUACCUCGCAGACCCUGACUUCAUGAACAAGCUCCAGCAGCUCAAGUCCAACCCGAAUGCUGUUGGCUCGUACAUGCAAGACCCGCGCUUCUUGCAGGUCAUGAGCGUAAUGUUGGGUAUCGACAUGCAGUUUGGCGGGCCUGGAGGAGCCGGGGAACAGGGCGGUGCUGCAUCGCGGGACGUUGAGGAGGAUGUUGAGAUGCCGGAUGCACGGCCUGCUCCGGAACAGCCCAAGAAGGCUCCCGAGCCAGAACCGGAGCCAGAACCGGAGGAGACCGAGGAAGACAAGGCUGCCAAGGAGGCAAAGAUCAAAGCCGAUGAGCUGAAGAAGAAGGGUACCGAGUUCUACAAGAAGCGACAAUUUGACGAGGCCAUCGAGAAUUACACUUCAGCAUGGGAGACACACAAGGAUAUUGCAUACAAGACCAACGAAGGAGCUGCAAGGUUCGAAAAAGGUGACUAUGAAGGCUGCAUCAAGGCUUGCCAGGAAGCUGUCGAUUAUGGCCGCGAAGUCUACGCAGACUUCAAGAUCGUUGCGAAAGCAUUUGCACGCAUUGGUACCGCCUACGAGAAGCUCGGCGACCUCGCCAACGCCAUUCUCUUCUACCAGAAAGCCCAGACCGAACACCGCACACCCGAAGUCCUCGCCAAGCUACGAGCAGCAGAAAAAGCAAAGAUCAUAAAGGAGAGAGAAUCGUAUAUCAGCCCAGAGGAAGCAGAGAAGGCUCGUGAACUAGGCAAUGCGAAGUUCAAGGAGUCAGACUGGCCUGCUGCGGUUGAAGCAUACUCUGAAAUGAUCAAGCGUGCACCAGACGAUCCUCGAGGAUACUCAAACCGUGCCGCCUGUUUCAUCAAGCUUCUUGAGUUCCCUUCCGCCGUUCAAGACUGCGAUGAAGCCAUCAAACGCGACCCCGACUUCAUCCGAGCGUAUCUGCGAAAAGCCCAGGCGUAUUUCACCAUGCGCGAAUACAGCAAGUGUGCUGAUGUAUGCGCAGAAGCUGCUGCGCAUGACAAGGAUGGCAAGAACGCGAGGGAGAUUCAACAACAGGAGACUAAGGCUCUUCAAGCACAGUAUGCCGCGCGCGAGGGCGAGACGGAGCAGCAGACCAUGGAGCGCAUCCAGCGGGAUCCGGAGAUUGUCAGCAUCCUACAAGACCCGAUCAUGAACAGCAUCCUCCAACAGGCCAAGGAGGAUCCAGCGGCGCUCCAGGAGCAUCUCAAGAACCCAGACAUCCGCUCUAAGGUGCAGAAGCUCGUGCACGCAGGUGUCAUCCGCAUGGGUCGAUAG